UUUGACUGUGGUUCAGUGGAUGGAGGGCUGGGAGGACUGACUGUGGUUUCAUGUUUGUCUGCAGCAGAUAAGGGGAUCCCUCUGUGUUUCCAGAACACCAUGGAAACACUGACAGACAUUGGGCCAGUCCACCAGGGCAGGAGGAGCAGCAGAGGACUGUGUCUCCCGAGCCUAAACAACAACAGCCGCAGUUGGAGCCGCGUCGAUCCGGUUUCCUCUGGUGGUUUGCUCAGUACUAACACGUCCUGCAUCCCAAUACCCCCGAUACAGAGACCGAGGACCAAAAGCGUGCUGACUGUUUCCCAUUUGUCACCCAGCCGUCUGACUGUCGGCCACCUCAGCCAGUCCGCCCCCAGCAUUAUGGAACCACUCCUGGGUUCUAACACUAUGAUGCAGGCCAGAGUUCACAUCCACAACAGAUUGGUUUCUCAGGAUAAUGAACAUAAAUUCUCACGGAGGCCCAUCCUGUCUCUAACUCCCCGGACCCCCAAGCAGCUGGCUCCUCUGAACAGGAGGCUCACGGACACCGAGGCCCAGCCCGUACUGAAGCAGCACCUUCCUCUGAAGCCCAUCUCCUGUGGCUCGCUUCGCUCCAGGGCCUGGUUGAGAAGAGAGCGUCUGCCUCAAAGCAGCUCAGGAACAGGAUCUGUGGCUGCGAACAAGGGCGGCAGCGAGGAGAGCAGCAGCCAGAGCUCGACCGACCUGGAGGACGAAGAACGAGACAGCAUCUCAGAGGACAACCAUCACUUUGUCAAAGACAGAUUGUCGCAACACUGGAAGGAUUUGAGCUCCACAAAUUUGGUGGAUGAGGUGAACACUUAUAAAAGUCAAAUCCCACCAAUUCAAAAACCAGGACAUGACUUGGAGGGAGAGAGCUGUGGUCACACGACUGCUUUCCACUUUCACUGUGAAGGAACGGCCAUUGAUAUAAAAAGUCCUGUCGAAAACUUCAACUCUAUGAAUCCUAAUGGAGAGACUGUAAACAGUAAAAUAACUUCUUCAUCAGGGAUCGACGAGGAAGAGAACGAUGUCGGCUGCCAUGAGGAAACCAUUGGUGAUCACAGAAAUGACCUGAAGACCAUUCAACAGAGAGAAGAAGAAACACUGACAGCCGAGCUUCACAGUGAUGAACAUCCAGAGUCAAAUAUGAGCUCCGCUGUCAGGAAAUCUCAGCAGUCAACUGGGCAUACGAACUAUCAACUGACAUUUAUGAAUGUUGAGAAAAAGUUCAAAUGUCAAAACACAGACGGGAGCCGAGAGACGACAACGACCUCAAAGCAUCACAAACUCAAAGCAUCCACUAACGUAAGUCUGAAUAAGUCCAGCAGCCACCUGAAGCGGUCUUCUCUCUCCAUUCGCAUCAAGGACAAAGCCAGGAAGACCGCCGAGCUAUUUGUCAGUGGAGAGGCCACAGUCAAAGUAAAACCAAGCAGUACUCACAACAGUACUGACGCCUCAGUACCACAAGAGAAGGUUGAUCAUUCAGAGGGCAUUAUGGAAAAAUCCAAAGCACCAGUAAGAGACCUGAAGUGCUCUCAGCGGAUUAAUAAGCAAAGUGUAGCCGGGACACAAAGGUUCAAAUCUGCUCUCGACUUCAUCACCUACAGUGACAUGUUUCAGAAGAUACAGAGUGUGGAUGGAGGUCCGGCCAUCUACGAGAUGUUCGCCGGUCCCAUCUACGAUAACCUGAGGAUUUCCAGCUCCUCUGUUCAAACGAAGGACAGACAUCCGCAGUCUGUGAUGACAAGGAAGACGCAGCAGUCGCACAAACCCAAACACAAACUGUUCAGACAACCUCAGGUGAAAUUAAGAAGAAUCCCCGGGGAAAGCAUGGUGGUUCUAACCAAAAGCAAAGUCAGAUCCUCCAAAGCUGCGUCAAGGAAAGACUGUGCAGCUAAGGUGGAGACGGAGUUAGUUUUCUCUGAACAGGAGAAAGGUCCUAAAAGUGCUCAACAGUUCAACAAAGAAGAUCCGUUACCGAUAACAAAAGAGGCCCUUUCAAGACAUGAGUUUGAAACAUUAAAAUCUGAUGACCAAAAGCUAAGAACACAAACAACUGCACAGGAUGUAAGAGGUCAUCAUGUGACCCCGGGUACGACUUCAACAGAAAAGGAAAAAUUCAAAUCUGACCCCAAGUCUUCGUCCCCUCAGCCAAAGAUCAGUAGCUGGACAUCCUCCAGAAGUAACAACACUAUGGUGUCACCGGUUUUCCAGAGGUUUCUGGACGAGGUCGGAGAUGGCCCGCCCACUGAUGACCUGCUUCAGUGCCUGGCUGAGGAGCUUAUCUCUCUGGAGGAGAGGGACGCUUCGGAGGGUUUGAGUCUGGAACACCGGGACGCCAGUGAGACAGCAUCCAAGAGAGAGGAUUAUGUCACUGGAACGAAUCCUUUCCCAGAGCUCAUAUCAACAGACAGAUCAGAUACACUGGGCUGUGGGGCAGAUUCAGAGAACAGCAUCACUUGGACCAAGGGUGAAAUGCUCGGCCGAGGAGCGUAUGGAACAGUGUACUGCGGCCUGACCAACCAGGGUCAGUUAAUUGCGGUGAAGCAGGUCAGUCUUGACACCUCCAACCCCAAAGAUGCAAAAGGCGAAUACAGUCGUCUGCAGGAAGAAGUGGAGCUGCUGAAAACACUCAGACACAUCAACAUCGUGGGUUUCCUAGGAACAUCUUUGUAUCAACAUGUGGUUUCCAUCUUCAUGGAGUACGUCCCUGGGGGGUCCAUCGCCAGCAUCCUCCACAGGUUUGGUCCUCUCCCAGAGAGGGUCUUGGCUUUGUACACCCAACAGAUCCUGGAGGGCGUCGCCUUCCUUCACCUGAACAGGGUGAUCCACCGGGACUUGAAGGGAAACAACGUCAUGCUGAUGCCUACAGGUGUAAUCAAACUAAUUGAUUUUGGAUGUGCACGUCGUCUCAGCUAUGUGAACCACACAGGGAGUAACAGCGGAGACCUGCUGAAGUCCGUCCAUGGUACACCGUACUGGAUGGCACCAGAGGUCAUCAAUGAGACAGGAUAUGGCAGUAAGUCGGACAUAUGGAGCGUGGGCUGCACGGUGUUUGAGAUGGCCACAGGGAAACCACCACUGGCCCACAUGAACAGGAUGGCUGCUCUGUUCUUCAUUGGCGCUCAGAGCGGGUUGAUGCCCUCUUUACCUGACGGGUUCUCGGAACAUGCGAAAAACUUUGUCCAGUUUUGUUUGACCAGUGACCAGAGACUCCGUCCAUCUGCAGAGCAGCUGCUAAGGCAUUCAUUCCUCCCCAGAAAUCAGACCGGAGUCAACACCUGUAGGACAAGAAACUGCUGUUGCCACUCGAAGGGACAGUGUGGUUAACAAACACAAGAGCUUUGAAUUUAAAGGGCGCAUUUAUUGAUUUUCUUUUUUUUUAAGACAGAUGAAACAACACUCAUUCCUCUUUGACUCUUUGGCCAUUUGUCCAAGAUCCAAGGUUUUUUUUUUUUAAAGUGCAACAAUACCCACAGCACUCAUCUGUUAACCAUGCUUUUUAUAUAGAUGAUUUUUAUAUAUAGCAAUGUAAAUGGAUAAAUAUGCCAAUCUUACUGUACAAUUACAGCAGACAUGGUAGUCUGUAGACAACCGUGUGUCUUUGUGUGGGACAUGGACUGAUGCAGACCACUUGUUCCUAACAUGAUGAUUUUUGUAAAUUCUGAAAAGUAUUCUUAAUCAGAUGCCACAGAUUGAUCCUCACUGACUUAAGCUAACAUUUAAAGUAAAGCUGUCGAAAUAUAGGUGACUGUGAAAUGAUUCGGAUUCACAUUUUUAACACAUGGGCAGAAUGAACAACGCUGUAUAUCCAAUAAUACCACCGUCUAUCCACUGUUAUCACUGAUCUGAUACCGGUUAUUUGCACACACACUGUUGGGAAAAACUUUAGCUUCAGGUCAGACCAGUCUGAGGUAAGACUACGACUGACAAGCCGACUGACAGUAAUGAAUAAAAUACACCAACUCUAUGACACCUGUACAUUAGCACAUAUUUCCAUAUUAAUAAUUCCAUCAUUUGGUCAGUCACAAAUAAAAACAAGUGAGAAACACUGACAUCUACCUGCUGCUGUCUGUGAUAUACAGCUAAAACAAAUAUUUAGGAAUGUUUACCUGU